AUGGACUCUGGCCUGCAGAGACUCGAGGCACUGGCCAAGCUGGCCAUGCACAACAUCACCCAUGUCCCCGUAGGGGGCAGCGGCAAGAUUGUGCUGGCCACGGCCGACGCCGUCGUCCAGAACUGGAAGCUCAGCCUGCCCAUGUCGAUUGCGCUGCUCUUGCUGUCCACCUACAUCAUCACGUCGCUGCAGUCGGUCAUUGCACUGCGCAGCAGCAAAGACGGGCGCGAACCGCCCAUCAAGCCGUACUGGAUUCCGUAUCUGGGCGACUGGUUCGGGUUUCUGACGGCGAGACGGGGGCUGGUGGAGGGUAUCGUGGCCAAAUAUGGCGACUCGACGCCAGUCACCAUCAAGCUCGGGCCGGCAAAGGCCUACUUGAUGCUGCAGCCCGAGACGUUCGCCCCUCUGUUGAAGGCGACGCGGAGCUGCACCAACAAAGCCUUUGCGGUUCUUGUCAUGAGUCAGAUGUUUGGCACCAAGAAGAAUGCCAUCCACAUCUACAAAAACGACAACAGCGGCAUCGGCUCCGUCCCCUUGCCCGGCACCAACGUGCCCCCCAACCUGCGCGUGUGGUACCACCAACACAGAACCGCAUCCCGCUUCAUGCAGGGCGAGAGUCUAAAACUGAUCGGCGAGCGGGUCAUGAAGAACCUGUCCGAGGAACUCGCCAAAGUCGACCCCUCAGACCCAGUCGACUCAGGCGAAUGGGUGACGCUGCCAGACUUCUACAAAUGGUGGACGCGAAAACUCUUCGCAGCCGCCAUCAGCGCCAUCUGCGGGCCUUACCUGGUCAGCCUGAACCCGGGCUUUGUCGACGACUUCUGGACCUACUUGGACGAGUGGCCGACCAUUUCCAAGUUCUACCCGCGCUUCAUCGCGCCCAAGGCCUACGGCGCCCGCGAGAGGAUUCUGGAUGCCAUCAAGCGCUGGCAUGCUCAUGCCAAGGAGCACUCGGAUUACCGGCUUAACGGGCCUAAUGAUCCUUAUUGGGAUGAUUACUGGGGCAGUUCAUGGUUGAAGGUUCGGUAUGCCUGGGGCGUUGACACGGGGGCUAUGGAUGAUGAUGCCCUUGCCAGCGAGGACCUGGCUCUGUUCACUGCCGCCAGCGCCAACGCCCUCCCAAUGGCCUUCUGGAACCUGAUCGAGAUCUACAACGACCCCUCCCUCCUCGUGCGCGUGCAAGAAGAACUCGCAAAAAGCAUCAUCACCCCUCCCUCUUCCUCCCUCUCCCUCUCCUCCCCUUCUUCCAAUGAAGAACCCCAACUGCCCCUCCAAUUCGACAUCGCCACCGUAACCUCCAACCCCCUCCUCCAAUCCGUCUACGCCGAAGUCCUCCGCAUGCGCGUCGCCCUCUUCCACAACCGCUCCCCCACCCUAGGCGACUACAAACUCGGCCCCUUCACCCUGAAAAAAGGCGGUCUCGUAACCGUCCCCACCCCGGUCGCCUCCUUCCACGAAGGCGUCUGGGGUCCCGAACGCACCGAUCACGGGCGGCGACCGCUAACUCAAUUCUGGGCUGAGCGCUUUCUAGUUCCAGACCUUGACUCCGAUCCCUCGGGACAUGGAAAGAAGGUCAAGUUUUCAACUGAGGGUCUUGAGGGGGGUUGGAUGCCGUAUGGUGGGGGGAGUCUGAUGUGUCCCGGCCGGCAUCUGGCCAAGCAGGAGAUGAUGGGGAGUGUGGCGGUUUUCGCGGCGUAUUUUGAUAUGCAGGUGUUGAAUGGCGUGCCGAGGAUGGAUGAUCGGUUUUUUGGGCUCGGUGCGCAGCCGCCGGGGGAGCCGGUGCCGGUGAGGAUUCGGAGGAAAUUGGGCGCUGUUGGUAACAUGAACGGGAAGCUGAGUGGUGGUGUUAAAGUGGAGCAGAGGCCGAGGGGUGGGAGUGGGUCGAGGAAGAGGAAUGCUUUCUUCUCGGAUGGGAGGGACUGA